UGAGCAGGUGUAGCCGUCACCUGAAUACAUUGUUUGCUAUCCAAGGAUAUAUCCGGCUUUAUUUUCAUAAAAUCCAAAGAAUAACGGGUCGUUCUCUCUUUUUUACGUAAUGUACGAUGAGUAUUAGCUAGCCAGUCGAGCAGAGGGUCACUCACAUCCCACCUGCAGUCAUGAAUGGUGGUUUUAAUAUUUGGGCUAUAACUCCAGAAGAGAGAGGGAAACAUGACAAACAGUUUGACUCUCUGGCUCCCAAACUGGGCUAUUUGUCAGGAGAUCAAGCACGAACGUUCUUUCUGCAAUCUGGCCUUCCUACAGCAGUCCUGGCUGACAUCUGGGCUCUUGCGGAUAUGGGGAAGGAUGGGAAGAUGGGCAGAUUGGAAUUCUCCAUCGCAAUGAAGCUAAUUAAACUGCAGUUGCAGGGUCAGCCCCUCCCUUCCACUCUACCAGUCAUCAUGAAGAAGACACCUUCCCCCAUUAUGACGUCAUCAUCACGCUUUGGAAUGGGCUCAAUGUCAAAUCUCUCUGCCAUGUCAGUGAUGCCCAUCCUUACACCCAUGUCUGCAGUCCCUGCAGUGACUGCUUUGGUCUCUGCACCCACCCUGGUAUCAGGAGCCCUGCCUCAGAUCCCCAAUUCUCUCAGCGUGCCAGUCUUACCCAAUGGCAAUGCAACUCUCCUCACAGCAACACCAGCUUUCCCAGUUUCCAGUGGUUUGAGUAAAUCUCACUCGCUGUUGGACCUUGGCUCUAGCAGUUCUAACUCUUCUUCUACCACCUCUCUUGCGAGUAACUCCCCUAAAAUGGGUGCAUCUGACUGGGCAGUACCUCAGUCAUCCCGUCUGAAAUACCGACAACAGUUCAACAGUCUGGACAAGCUGAUGAGUGGAUACCUAUCAGGUCCCCAGGUCAGAAAUGCCCUUACAGCCUCAAACCUCACGCAAACACAGCUUGCCACCAUAUGGACUCUUGCUGAUGUCGACCGUGAUGGGCAGUUAAGAGCAGAGGAGUUUAUUCUAGCAAUGCACCUGGUUGACAAGGCCAAGUCUGGCCAUCCCUUACCUCUAACUCUACCUCCUGACCUGGUACCACCCUCAUUCAGAACAGGGAAGUCAUGUGACCUGCUGAACGGACCUGUUCCUCUGAUCAACACUGAGCUGACUGAGCCAGAACAGCCACAGAAAAACAAGACCAAUGUGUCAUUUGAGGACAAAUUGAAGGAGAAUUUUCAAAAAGGCAGCACAGAGCUGGAAAAGCGGCGACUGGCUUUGCAGGUGGAGCAAAAGAGAGAGGAGGAGAGACGGAGAGAGGAAGAGCGGAGAGAGGAGGAGAGAAGACGACAGAAAGAGAGAGAGGAGCGAGAAUGGAAGGAGAGAGAGCAGAGGAGACAGAGGGAGGAGGAGAGAAGGAUAGAAAGACAAAAAGAGCUGGAACGACAGCGAGAGGAAGAAAGAUUGAAAGAAUUAGAACGACAAGAGGAAGCAGAAUGUCAGAGGCGGUUGGAAUGGGAGAGGAGAAAACGAGAGGAGCUUCAGACACAGAGAGAACAAGAGCAGAGCGACAUACAGAGACUGAAGGACAGGAAGAGGAAUCUAGAGAUGGAACUGGAGGCUGUGGGUAACAAGCAUAAGCAGAUCUCUGAUCAUCUCCGAGACGCCAAGAGUAAGAGUCAGGUCCAGGGAGCUGAGCUAGACUUGAUCAAUCAGAAGAGGGACAGUCGUAUUGUGGAUAUCAACUCUCUCCAGUUACAGUUUGAUGAAAUUCAGAGGCAGAUGAGUCAUUUUGGUCCUGAAAAGCAGAGACUGACAGACACACUGCUUCACCUCACCCAGAACAACACCAGUCCUUUGAUAAAUGAUGUGAAACAAAGUGUGUGCGAGAAAGAUCUGAGCUGUCGGAAGCUGAAGGAGCAGUUGGAUGCUUUGGAGAGAGAGACCACGGCUAAACUCUCACAGAUGGAGCAGUACAAAAGAGAAAUCAAGUUUGUGGAAAUGGAUGACUGUGUGCUUCAAGGACUUCUCUCUUUGCUGGGUUGCUUAACCAAUCUCUUCCUUCUAAUAAAGGAGUUGAGACAGAGGCAAAGCCAGCAGCAAGAUGUCUUAGAGCAGCUAAGGAGAGUGAGAUCUGAGAAACUAAAAGAGCUACAGAGACAAAGAAAAGAGGAGGAGGAGAGGAAGAGAAAACAAGAGGAUGAGGCUGCAAGACAGGCAAAGCUGGAGCAGGAGCGUCUUGAUCUUGAAGAGGCAGAACGUCAGAGGAUGCUUGUCCAGGAACGAGAGGCCAAACUCAGAGAGGAACAGCAGCGGCAGGCCCAAGCCCGACUUCAGGAGGCUCAGGAGCUGGCACGAGAGAAAGAGGAAAAGAGAAGAGCAGAGGAGAGAGAGAGGGAAGAGAAAGAGCAACAGGAGAGAGAAAGGAAUGAAUUGGCAGUACACACUCAGGCCUGCAUAUCAUUCAAUAGCACAGAGAAUAAAGGUUUACUGCCAGUGAUAACCACUGAAGAUAUGUCUACUGUCCUCACAACCUACAGAGCUCUUUAUCCCUUUACAGCACGUAACUCUGACGAACUCUCACUGGAGGCAGAAUGUUUAAUCAAGGUAAAUGAAUCAACAGUUAGGGAGACUGGCUGGCUGUAUGGGAGUUAUCAUGGUAACAGUGGCUGGUUUCCUGAGAGUUAUGCUGAGAGAUGCAAUAAAGAUAGUCAAACUGAACUGACUGCAGCUUUUACACACUCCAUAUUGCCCUCUACCAACUACCCAGGAAUUCCUCGUGUGGACAUAGAAGGUCCAACACCAACACACACACCAAAGUUGACAAACACACAAUGCACACAGGCUGUAGCUGUGUGUGAAUGGGGUGCUAAGACUGACAGUCACCUGGGCUUCUCUAAAGAUGACAUCAUCACUGUUCUAGAGAAGCAGGAGAACUGGUGGUACGGAGAACUAAACGAGAGUCGGGGCUGGUUCCCUAGUACACAUGUGUCCAUGGUUACCACCAAUAACACACAGCCCGAACCAUUGUAUUCUACUGUUGAUGAGAUUGAACUUUCAAAUACUUGUCAGCUUGAGGAGUAUGUGGCUCUGUACACAUAUGAGAGUCCGGAGUCUGGUGACCUGACGUUUUGUGCGGAGGAUGUUGUCCUGGUAACAGAAAGGGAAGGAGAAUGGUGGAGAGGGUGCAUCGGUGACCAGUCUGGCCUCUUUCCUUCCAACUAUGUUAAACCCAAAGAUCCUGAUAUCGCCAAAGCUGGAGAUCCUUGCAAAAAGCCAGAAAUUGCUCAGGUAACCACGGCCAAUUUUGCCACAACACCUGGGCAGCUGAGUCUCACACCUGGUCAACUGAUUGUGGUACUGCAUAAGAACUCAAACUGCUGGUGGCUGGGUGAGCUACAGGCACGGGGUAAGAAGCGUAAAAAGGGCUGGUUCAAAUCCUCAAAUGUCAGAUUACUGGAGGCCAACAGCGGCAAAAUAUCUCCUGAACCUCAACAAUUGUGCCAGGUCAUUGCGAUGUAUGACUACAAAGCAGCCAAUGAGGAUGAAAUGAGCUUCCAAAAAGGUCAGCUGAUCACCGUACACAACAAGGAUAACCCUGACUGGUGGAAAGGAGAGGUCGGUGGGGUCAUAGGGCUUUUUCCAACAAAUUAUGUGAAGAUGACAACAGAAUGUGAUCCUAUUCAGCAAUGGUGUGACGAUCUGUUAAGUUUAGAGUCGAUGUGCACUGAGGAGAGGAAGAGGCAAGGCUACAUCCAUGAGCUCAUUCAAACAGAGGAGUCCUACCUGGAGGAUCUGGAGCUUGCACUGGAGGUGUUCUAUAAGCCAAUGGCAGAAUCAGGGAGGUUGACAGAGUCCGAGAUGGGUAUGAUCUUUGUGAACUGGCGAGAACUCAUCAUGUGUAGCACCAAACUCCUAAAAGCUUUGCUUGUCCGUAAGAAGAUGGCUGGAGAACGGAUGCCGGUGCAGGCAGUGGGUGAUAUCAUGUCCUCUGAGCUCUCUCAUAUGCAGGCCUAUAUUCGCUUCUGCAGUUGCCAGCUCAAUGCUGCAGCCAUGCUGCAACAGAAAACAGACAAAUCACCUGACUUCAAACUCUUCCUAAAGAAAAUAGCCAGUAAUUACCGCUGUAAAGGAAUGCCACUGUCCAGCUUUCUCCUGAAACCCAUGCAGAGGAUCACACGCUACCCACUGCUUAUCAAGAAUAUUCUGGAGAAUACACCUGUGGCACAUGCAGAUCAUGCAAACCUGCAGGCAGCGCUAGAGCAGGCCGAGGAGUUGUGCUCAAAAGUGAAUGAGGGAGUGAGAGAGAAAGAAAACUCAGAUCGGCUGGAAUGGAUCCAAAACCAUGUGCAGUGUGAUGGAGUUAUUGAGCACCUUGUUUUUAACUCUCUGACUAACUGCCUGGGCCCUCGAAAACUGCUGCACUCUGGGAAAUUGCAUAAGACCAAGAGUAGCAAAGAGCUUUGGGCCUUCCUGUUUAAUGACUUCCUGCUUCUCACAUACACCUCCAAACAGUUCUCAUCAGCUGCAGAAAAACUCUUCAACUCAAACUCCAAUGCACAGUUCAAGAUGUAUAAAAUGCCAGUGUUUCUGAAUGAAGUCUUGGUCAAAAUGCCCUCUGACCCAUCCAGUGAUGAUCCAAUCUUUCACAUCUCGCACAUUGACCGUGUGUACACACUCAAGACUGACACCAUUAAUGAGAGGACUACAUGGGUGCAGAAGAUCAAAGCAGCAUCUGACCACUUUAUAGAGACUGAGAAGCACAAAAGAGAGAAGGCAUACCGAGCUCGUUCUCAAAAGAAUAGUGGAAUUGGGAGACUGUUAGUAACAGUCCUGGAGGCAACUGAGCUGAAGCCCUGCAAGCCAAAUGGCAAAAGCAACCCAUUCUGUGAGCUAACUAUGGGUGCUCAGUGCUACGCCUCCCGUCAUCAGCCCGACACACUUAACCCCAAAUGGAACUUCAACUGCCACUUCUUCAUCAAAGACCUAUAUCAGGAUGUCCUCUGCCUCACUAUCUUUGAGAGGGACCAGUUCUCUCCAGACGAUUUUCUUGGUCGUACUGAAGUUCCUGUUGCAACAGUAAAAAAGGAUCAAGAUGGUAAGAGUCCAUUGGUACGACGUCUGCUUCUUCAUGAAGUUCCCACUGGAGAAGUCAAAGUGCGGCUUGACCUUCAGCUCUAUGAGUAACACCUCAACUGUGAAUUCCACAUCUGUUUUACAAUAACUUACACUUGCACUUGAAAAUUAAACAGCUCAAAACAUUUUCAUUUCAUCUACAUGAUUAUAUUUUUAAAUUACAUAAUGAGCACUUCAGAACUAUGUUUGGCUGUUUUAUCUUGUUGUGAAAUGUAAGCUUUAACUGCAAAUUUCAAGGGCUGACUCUCCUAUGUUAUCGUGGAUUCAUUGAUUAAAAUAGUGAUAAUUUUAAAAUGACAGGAGUGACAGAUACUUUACACUGUGCACACAUUUGAUGUGGCAAACAUGAACCACUUUACAAACAUUUACAUGCUUUAACAUGCCUACAGCCUUUUAGUUUCAUGCAAUUUACUGUCAUACAUGCUCAUGAUGUCAAACAAUGGGAAGUGUUGGUUAAUAAUUACAUGAUGGUUAGGAUAGGAACAAGUUGAUAUUUUAAACCUUUUCAAAUCUUCCCUUAAAACUAUGAAUGAUACUAUGAAUAUAUUCCGUCUGACCAGAAAUGUCAGUCUUAACACUAUUUUUAAACAUAUGGUAUGGGGAAAAUUCUUUAAUGAAAUAAACCAUAGAUCUUUGUCCUAAAUAUGAAAUUCUUUUACUAGAUAAUCCCUACCUUUCUCUUUUCUUUCUUUGGUCAAAUUCUGACCUGUCAAAUGUCUUGUUCUAAAGCCAAAAUUGCUUUAGUUAGGGUAAAACACAGAGUAAUCUUUAUUACUAUAUCUUAGAUUACUCUGAAAUGUAUUGUUAUAUUCAGUAGCAGCCAUGAGAAAAUCUGGCAGAAAUUAAGUCAGAAUUGGAAUAGUGGUUCUAAACAUUUUAUACUGUAUAUUUAAAUGGAUAUAAGUUACAAUGACUCCUGUGUUGAAUUUUGUUUUAUUGCCAUUGAAUGUAUAAAUAGAUUAAAAGAUGCCACUGAUGUUUUCAACUAAAAUUAUGUUUACAAUUGCCUAUACUCAGGACAUGCCAAACAUUAAUUCAGUAGUUUAUAGAAUCCAUAGAGCCAAGCAUACAUCCCACCAUGAGCAACCUUUAAUCUAAGAGCGAUACAUAAAUGCAGAAACUUUCAUAUCUUUAAUGAUCUUUCAAAAUAUAUAGUCCUUUAUUAAUCAGUUUUAUUCAGUAUGGGUCACAAGACCUUUUUCAAGACAUACAUAAAUGUUUCAAUUAUGAUAUUCACAAGGUGAGGUCAGAGAAUAGAUUCCUUUAUGUCAGAACAUACAAAAUAUAUACUUCUAUAUCUCAAGUAUGCACAUUUAGGGUAUCUUUUUAACAAACUGGCUUUAAGUACAGACUGGAUCUGAAUAUUCUGCAGUUACAUUUACGGUUGUUCCUGCCAGAUGUUAAAAGUUUGCAUCUUGUUUCUGUUUAAAAGUGUUUUGUUAAUUUAAUGCAUUAUACUGUUAAAUAAUACUUCCACUGGAAUAUUGUAUGAUCUGUUGGGUUUGGGCACAAUAAGAAAAAAAAUAAAACCAAUAAUAACGUAACAGAAAACAUAUUUGUUUUGCUAUUUUCUCUCAGAAAUGUAUUUACCUUUUAAUUCACAUUAUUUAAAAAUAAUAACAUUUUCAAUUGUAUAUCUUUACAAGUAUAGUACUUUACAUUUAGUUAUGCGUAAAUUAGAUCUUUUCUAUUUUCUCUUCAUCAGUUUGUGUAUCUACUUGCUUUGGACAAUUAAGGCACUCAUGUGUCAGGCACACAUGUGAAAAGUGCUUUUCUUUUGUCCUUUUGGAUAAGAAAUCUGUGCAUGUUGUGCUUUGUUUAAUUUUCAAGUGUUUAGUAAUAUGUUCACUGACUGUUAAAACGACAGUAUUGUUGUUAAUAUUGCUUUGUUAUUCAGCAUGUUUGUUAACCACAAAGGUAGCGAGGUGAAUGAGGCUAAGGCUAUUGUUUCAACAGCCUACACAUAAAAAAAUAAAAAUAAA